UCAUUGAUGAAGUGUGUGGAAGUAAAUUGGAUGGCAAUAUUGACGGGACCCGAGGCAACCGGAAAGACAAGUUUAGUGAGAUUAUUAGCAAAACUCACCGGGAAUAAGUUGGAAGAAUUUUCGAUGAAUAGUUCUGUUGAUACCACGGAAUUAUUAGGAGGGUUUGAACAAUUGGAAUUAUCUAGACAUCGACAAAUGGUGAUCGACGAAUUAAUCAGUAUUAGUAAUAGAACAUCGAAGCUACUAUUAAUAAAAAAUCGAAAUUCCAUUGAUGAAGCCAGAAAUGUUCAAUUGCCCGAUGAUCUUCAAAUUUCGCAAGUCAUCACUCAACUUUGCCAUUUUACUUUUACCCUAAAGAAUCAUCAAAAGUUUAACGACGACAGUUUUAGCCAAGUGAACUCGUCGAUUAUGGAUUUCGGUCUUGUUAAUCAAUUGCUAACGAUACUUGACAGAACGAUCCGUGAUUUUGAUCUCCCAUUGAAGGAUACCUUGCAACAUUUAACUGAAGAGAUCGUGAAGCUUAAAUUCAUGGAAAGCGAGGUUACCGCGGGAUGUUUUGAAUGGAUCGAUGGAGUUUUGAUUAAUGCUUUGUUGAACGGUAAUUGGCUUCUCAUAGACAAUGCAAAUCUUUGUAGCCCUUCCGUCCUCGAUAGACUUAAUCCUUUGCUUGAACCGAAUGGGUUCUUGAUGGUCAAUGAAAAAGGGAUGACUGAUG